CGUCUGCAUACCAAAUCAAACGUGUAAUUUUCUAAUCAAAAUUCAAAAAGGGCAUGUACCCACCAUGGACACAAAUUUGCAUAAUACAUUCUUGGUUACAGAAAUUAAAGUUGCGGAUCAGCGUGACAAUUUCUGCCUACUUUCGUUAUUUUACUGGAUCAGACAAGGUGACAAGGUCGGGUGACAUAAAAGUCCUUCAUCAAAGCUCCGAUUUCCUUGUGGUUGACAAAUGCUAUGAUGUUUUGAUUAAUUCAGAUGAUCCUGGCGUCAAGAUAACUGUUGAACAUCAAAUUCGGAAAAUCUUCCCCCAUUUCGUAAAUGACAAAUUGGCCCAUGGAUUCCACUUUGUGCACCGUUUGGACUACUCUACAAGUGGAGUUUUGUGUCUAGCCACCAACAAGAAAGCAGCCAACCUUGGCAGCACUGCCUUUUCUGCCAGAAAGACUAGGAAAUAUUACCUGGCAUUGCUUCGUGGACAUGUUUCUCAUGAGCUGAUUGAUAUCUCUCUCCCGAUUGGUGCUGAUUCCAGACCAGGCCAUUCACAUAAAAUGUGCAGCUCUGACAAACAAUUUUGCCAAUAUCCAAAGGCAGCUUUCACCCGACUCUUAGUUCUCCAGAAAGGAUUCUACGACGGAUUUCCCGUAACGAAAGUCAUGAUGAAGCCAGUGACGGGCAGAAGACAUCAAUUGAGAAUACAUUGCUCUUCACUAGGACACACGAUCGUUGGCGACUUCACUUACAGCAAUGGAAAAGACGUUCUGCCUUACAGAAUGUUCCUCCAUUCUCACCGCCUCAUAUUGCCCACAGCUAUCGAAACUAUUGACGUUUGUGGUGGUGAUCCUUUUCUUUGCGAGAAUCCUGUAAAUAGCAAAUGGCUACCAGUAAUCACAGUAAACACCAUCAGACCAGACACUUAUGAAAAACUUGAUAAUGCUCAAUUUCCAAAUCUUUCUGUGGACCGUUUGGAUUGUUAAGUAUGAUUUCUUGAUUUGCCACAUUUGACUUCUAAAUUGAUUGGCUGUGUAUCUCUAAUAUAUUUCUCUGUUAUAUUGUGA